CAAUGGAACAGGCGAUUUCCCAGCGGCGGCUUCUCCUUCGAAAGUCAGCCAAGUAGAGCGCGAAAAUUGAACGUGAAAUCGCUGGCAAAUCGCUGGCAGGAUAUAUUUUGCCGGAUAUGUCAACCUACGCGUACGCCGCCACCGCCCACCACCGCCACCUCCCGCCGGUGGCUUCGUCCUUCGUCUCAUCCGUCGAUCCGAGUGCUUCCUCAAGUGCCAGUGCUUAAGAAGAGGAUAAAAAAAGAAGAAGGCGGGCAGGCUAGGAACCACAAAACAAAAUAGCCAACGCAAAAAAAAGAUAUAAAGCAAAAAUGUUGGCCCUGAGCUGGAUGAUGAUGAUGUCAUGCCAUUGUCCUGGCCAAAAGUGAAAGUGUUGUUGCCGCUUUUCCGGCCACGGGUGACACAUGAGCGGCUCUGUCAUGUGCCAUUAUCCCUCAAGUGAACAGCCUCGUAAUUAACUGCUAAAGCCACCAGACGUGUAAUAAACUCACUGCAACCAAAAAAAAAUAAAUAGAGAAUUAGUGAAAUUAGCCAUUAAGGAUUAUAAACGAAAAAAGGAUAUUCCCGCUGAGCUAUGGAUACUCUGAUUGCGCUCGCCUCUCUGCUGCUGCUGCUCCUCUCGCAAAAUGCUGCAAUCCUUGGCCAGCUGGACAGUACCAGCAACGGGGGGAGUGGCAUUGGGCUGCCCCGCCCAUCAUCCAACCCGCCCUCGCCGCCCCUCAGCCUCCAGCCAUCGACGCCAUCAAUAACGCAUUUUGUAAAUGACUCCUUCAUCAUCUUCUGCCAGACAGUACAAAAGAAUAUCGACACCAAGUGGCGCGAUCCCCGCGGACAGACCCGUGAGAACACCAAGGGACGCGUCCACAUCGAGAAGAAGACGACGGGACUUCUGGCUUUGGUUUUCGAGCACAUCUCGCUGGAGGACAGGGGAAACUGGACCUGCGAGGUGAACGGGAACAGAAAUGGCAAUCGUAAUGUGAAUGUCGAACGUGAAUUUUUGGCCUCCUUCGAGCUGCUCGUAAAUCAGAAAAUCUCAUUUGGCAAGACGGAGCAAGUGCAGUCGGUGCGCGAGGGACGCGAUGCGCUGGUCAAUUGCUUUGUGGAGGGAAUGCCCGCGCCGGAAGUCUCCUGGCUCUACAAUGGCGAAUAUAUAAACACUGUAAACUCGUCGAAGCACAAUCGCCUGUCCAACGGUCUGUACAUCAGGAAUGUGAGCCAGGCGGAUGCCGGGGAGUACACAUGUCGGGCCAUGCGUAUAACACCGACUUUUUCGGAUUCCGAUCAAAUAACGAUAUUGCUAAGGAUACAGCAUAAACCCCACUGGUUCUUCAACGAGACCCUGCCGGUGCAAUACGCCUAUGUGGGCGGGGCCGUAAACCUGAGCUGCGAUGCGAUGGGUGAGCCGCCACCGUCUUUCACCUGGUUGCACAACGGCAAGGGCAUCGUGGGCUUCAAUCACCGCAUUUUUGUCGCCGACUACGGGGCCACGCUGCAGCUGCAGGUGAAGAACGCCUCCCAGUUCGGGGACUACAAGUGCAAGGUGGCCAAUCCGCUGGGAAUGCUGGAGCGGGUUAUCAAACUGAGGCCGGGGGCCAAACCCUGGGGCCCGAAGCGCUUCCAGCUGAAGAAGCUCUACACCGACGCCUUCGAGCUGGAUCUCCCAACGCCCCGGAUGAUAAAUGUCUCCGACGAGAUGCAGAUCUAUGGCUACCGGGUGGCCUACAUGAGCGACACCGAGUUCAAGUUCAGCGCCGGCAAUUGGAGCUACGCCAAGCAAAGGGACUUCUCCUUUCAUCGGGGUCACAAAUUCAUUAUCCCCCAUCUGGAGUCGAACACCACGUAUCUGAUGAGGGCGGCCAGUCGAAAUCUCGCCGGACUGAGUGACUGGAGUGCCGUGAAAGUCUUUACCACGGCCGCCGGUUGCAGCUGGAAUCCGUCGCUAUACCCCAUAUACGCACUCCUCCUCGCUUUCAUCUGGACAUAGAGCUUGUCCCCAUAGAAAGACAAAUACCAAAUACAAUCCCAUCCCAAAACUCGAUAUUGUUGCUGCUGAGUUUUCUGUUUUCUUGUAUCUUCUGUGAUAGAACUUUGUGUGUGCAAUUCACUUUAACCUAACCUAACCCAAAGAAUGUUUAGAGGAGGGAAUUAUUAGACGAAAUGCUUUUUGCUAUAUAUAGACGAUAUCUGUUCAGCCUAUUGCCAAUUUUUGCUGCCAACUUUCAUUCAUCAAACGCAUUUUUUGUACGUUUUUUAUGAGAAGAACUUAAGGAAAUUAUUAAUGAUCGACGAUUUUGAUGAGGGUGGAAUCCUUACGAUACAUACAAUACAUAUGCAUUGUCAACUCUACCUUAUAGUUAAUUAUGAAAUGCCCAACUCUACAUAAAUGUUGUUCAAGCUAAAAACUAAAACGAUAUACAAGUAAACGAAAACUUUGAUGAAUUUUACAAACCACAAAUGGAAGUCCAAAUUAUUGAUUAUAAAUUAAACGAAAGCAAAGCAAAUCAAUAAUAGAAAAUGGAUUGAAUUAGCUUAAUUGAAGUGAAAACAAAAAACAGAAAUGAGAAAAGAGAGAAACGAACCCCCAAAUAAACGAAAUGAAAU